AUGGGUGCAAACAAUGAGCACGUAUCCCGAAGCUCUUCUGUUAAGAGAGCUAAAUCGAUCUCCGAAUCUUUGAAGGGGCUGUUCAAACCGGGCAGCUCCACAAAUACAUCCUCACAUACUGGGAGUAAUACAAACAUAUAUGCAUUGCAUGAAGGUAGGGAGCACAGUAAGGUGAAAUCUAUCACCCCGGCUUCGUCGCUACCACCUCUCAAGACGGACGUUAGAAGGAGGAAAUCGCUGAAUGACGAUAAAGUAAGCAUAGGGUCUAGUAAUACGUCGAAACUGUCCAGGAUCGCUGACGAAAAAGUCACGGAGAUCCAGAAAACUAGGACAGGCGGUGGUAAUAAGCAGCCGUCGUCAGGGAAACCGGCGAAGAGUGCCGCUCACGGACACAGUGCGACGAGUUCUCCGCCGAUCCUGGCUGAGGGGGUGCCGCUGGCGCAAAGUCCAGAACUUUCAGCAGCUAAACAACACAAGCUGAACUCGAGUACUAUCACGCCUGCUAACUUGCCCAGGAUUGAUAAACUGAUAUUGUCUCCAUCACACUCUAACACAAAUUCACAGGACUCCAAAGAUUUCUAUCUAAGCGAGGAAGAAUUGGAUCAGAUUAACGAUAAAUUGGACUACGACUCAUCCCUGACGAAGUAUCAGUACGAUAAUUUAAGCGAGGAAUCAAAACCAGAUGAGUAUAUGGAUAGAGCGGCUAGUAUUGACGAGGCCACGGAUUCAGCAGCGCCAACACCAAAGAAAUUCUCUAUCGAUGCGAUACUAGACGCUAAAUCCAGAUCGAGACCCCGCAGCAGAAGUCGAUCGACGUCGCUGAAAAGAUCGAACUCGUCGUCGUCUAACUCUUUACUCAGCGCUUCCAAUCCACAAACCCCAAUGUCGAGUACCGCCGCAUUCCCACCAACGGAACCGAGAGUCUCAAGGGGUAGACCACACGCCGAUACCAUUAGUGCCUCAGGUUUCCCCCGAUACCUGCACCCAAACAACAUCCCAGGCUCACCAGUAGCACACCAAACCACAGAACCCGCUUGUAUCUUACAGGUGGACAGUUUUAAAGUAUUCUCAAACGGCACACACGAACAUAAUAUGAAAACUAUAAGCAUUGUAGACGGAGAUUCUGCGGGGCCCAACAGCGCCAAGGCGAAAAGUGGGUUUUCAUUCAGUGGGUUCUUUAAAGUAGGUACACAACACAAUAAGAACUUAGACGAUAUCAUGGUUGGUGGAGGGAACGACGAAUUGGGCUCCUUCAGCUAUGAUCAACCAAAUUUUGAAAACGCGUUGUCCUUGAUCCCUUUUGAAAAGAGAAGUCUCUGCGCAAGGGUCAUGUCGACGUCAAGUUCAGACUCCAGUGUUGAGGAGGACAAGAAACCGGCAGGGUCUAGGGAUGAUGCGCCGAGGAACAAAGGCCCACAUGGGUCCAAGUCCGAGAAGGCGAUACCGCAGGUGAUAAAUCCUCGGGCGGCUGUAAGUUCCGAAGAAUUGAAGUUAAUUAACAGCUUAUCUGAGAAAAUACACGCAGGAUUGAAGAAAAGUGCGGCCGGAACGAAGUCACAACCGGAGAAGAAGCAAAAGACGCCGCGUUCCAGGGACGACGAACAAAACCGGUCGGAUGUUGACAUUCAGAACUUGCCGUUCGCAGACCAAUACGGUAAAAUUAUUGGCACGAUCGGCCAUGGUGCAUACGGUAUUGUCAGCGUCUGUGCGAGACCGAUCAGACACAGCGAUAUUCCGCCUCUACCGACAUACUCGAAGAACGGGAAACUGUUCUUUGGUGUCAAGCAGUUGAAACCAAGAGUUAACGAAUCGGUCGAGAAAUUCAGCACUAAGAUCACGUCGGAGUUUAUCAUUGGCCACUCUUUGAGUAGGCCACAUAAAAAAGGUGAUAAGAUAUCACCCAAUAUUCUAAAGAUUAUUGAUCUGAUGGAGAACGAGGACAAGUUUGUGGAAGUGAUGGAGUUUUGCCCCGCAGGUGAUCUAUACAGCAUUUUGACACGAAAAUCCAAAUCCGGUUCCGCGUUGCAUCCCCUUGAGGCAGACUGCUUCAUGAAGCAGCUGUUACACGGAAUCAAAUUCAUGCACGACAGAGGUGUUGCCCAUUGCGAUCUAAAACCGGAGAACAUUCUAUUCCACCCGAACGGGCUGCUUAAGAUUUGCGAUUUUGGUACUAGCUGUGUCUUCCAAACCGCGUGGGAGAGACACGUACAUUUCCAGAGUGGCGCCAUGGGGUCAGAACCUUACGUUGCACCGGAGGAGUUCAUCCACGGCAUGGAGUACGAUCCACGUCUGGCGGACUGUUGGAGUAUUGGUGUUGUUUACUGUACCAUGGUCCUUGGCCACUAUCUGUGGAAAAUUGCGCUGAAGGAAAAGGACGGUCUGUACAAAUCUUUUGUGGAGGAGAUGGUGGAAGAAAACGAGUUUUAUGUGUUUGAAGAGUUGAGACAUGUUAACCAUGAUAUCAACAGGAUGCGGAGAGUGGUACUCUACAAAAUCUUCCAUUGGAACCCUGAGAAACGUAUCAGUAUCCAUCAAAUCUUGCAAUCCCCUUGGAUGAAAAGAACUAGGUGCUGUAUUCCUUAUAAAAUAUGA